UUACUGUACCAGUCUGCUAUCCAUCCUAACUUAUCCCUUUUCUCAUCACGAACAUAACGAUACAUGGCAAGCGCACUGAAGGACCAAGGAAACAAGGCCUUCCAGGCAAAGGACUACGACAAGGCAGUCGAGCUCUUCUCCAAAGCUAUUGACCUUGAACCAGAGAACUUCGUGCUUUGGUCAAACCGAAGUGCUGCGAAGGCUGCCAAGAAGCAAUAUUCCGCCGCUUUGGAAGAUGCCGAGAAGUGCAUCUCAGUCAACCCUUCUUGGUCUAAGGGUUAUGCCCGAAAAGGUGCUGCCCUCCAUGGUUUGCGCCGAUACGAUGAAGCCAUAGAUGCCUACGAGUCUGGCUUGCGACUUGAAGACAAUCCUGCACUGAGAAGAGGUAUCAAGGAAGUCUUGGAUGCCAAAGCUGCUGAGGAAAAGGGCGAGGGUGCCCAAGCAUUCGGUUUCGAGAAGAUGUUUGCAGACCCAAACCUCCUGGGCAAGCUCGCGGCAAACCCACGUACAGCGAAAGACAUGGCGGAUCCGAAGUGGGUCGAGACUCUGAAGUUGUGUCAACAACAGCCAAAGCUCGCUCAGAGCUUCCUUUCUUCUGACCCCCGUAUGAUCAACGUGCUUGGCGUCCUGAUGGGCAUAGACAUGCAAGGAUUCGAGCGCGAAGCUGGUUCUGAGGAGUUACCUCCCGGUUUCAAAAAGUCCCCCGAAGCCCCGUCUUCACCUCCACCGCAACCACAAGCGUCAACAUCGAAACCGGCUGAGCCUGCUCCCGCCCCUGCCCAAGAACAGGAGGAUGUCGAGAUGGAGGAUGCCGAAGAGGCUAAGGCUAAGAAGGAGGCCGAGGCUGAAAAGAAGGCCGGUUCGGAAGCCUACAAGGCAAGAGACUUCGAGAAGGCAGCUGCUCAUUUCUCAAAAGCUUGGGAGAUCUGGCCGAAGGAUAUCACCUUCCUAACCAACUUGGGUGCCGUCUAUUUCGAGCAGAGUGAGUACGAUAAGUGUAUCGAGGCCUGCGAGAAGGCCGUCGAGGAGGGCCGAUCGUUACGUGCAGAUUACAAGCUGGUUUCCAAAGCCCUCGGACGAAUUGGCACAGCUUACGCUCGAAAGAGCGACUUGACCACUGCUAUCAAGUACUACCAGAAGUCCCUCACCGAGCACCGUACUUCCGAUAUCCUUAACAAGCUUCGGGAGACAGAGCGUGCACAAGCUGAGGCAGCACGUUUGGCUUACAUCGAUCCAGAGAAGGCCUCACAAGCUCGCGAGGAGGGCAAUGCUCACUUCAAGGCUGGAGAUUUCGUCGGCGCUGUCAAGGCGUACACCGAGGCCAUCAAACGAGAUCCCCAGGAUCCUCGUGGUUACAAUAACCGUGCUAAUGCCUAUACCAAACUUGUCGCUCUUCCUGAGGCUCUCAAGGACGCUGAAGAAGCUAUCAAGAUUGAUCCCAAGUUCGUCAAGGCUUACAUUCGCAAGAGUCACGUUUUGUAUGUGAUGCGCGACUAUACCAAGGCUAUCGAAGCCGUUGAACAAGCUGCGGACCACGACGCGGAGAGGAAGCAUAGUAGAGAGAUCCAGGAGCAGGUCAUAAAAUGUCAACAAGCGUUGUUCAGCCAGCGUGAGGGUGAAAACGAGGAGGAGACAUUGCAGAGGGCGAUGCGUGAUCCCGAGGUUGCGGGAAUCAUGAGCGAUCCUAUCAUGCAGUCUAUCCUUCAGCAAGCACAGUCCGACCCUGCGGCUUUGCAAGACCACAUGAAGAACCCCUCAGUCCGCGAGAAGAUCAUGAAGCUCAUCAACGCUGGAAUCAUCAAGACCAGAUAAAGCAAAGGAAUCUAAAUGUUAGGAUGCACAAUCUUGGGUGUUGUUUUGACUAUUGCAUGUAUCACUAUCGCUUUCCACAUAAUUGCUAUGAGUACAUUAGUUUGGAUGAUCGAUGAUCUAAGGCGAAGCCCAAGACCAACCCUGUACUUCCUGGAAAGCACUUAGAAUACGAUCUUCAACAACCAUUCCAUCCUUGAGUGUCUCCGCACUCCCUUGCACUAACUCUCGCCAUAUUUUGACAUUGUCGUGAACUUCACCCGGAUUGCUUAGGCCUACGACAGUAGGAAGAUCUUGCUCGUGGGCUUUACGAUAUGCAAAACCUAGUGCGACAUUGGGCAAUCCUCCUCCGGGCCAGCUUUCCUCUAAGCAUGUUUCAUGAGCCUUACGAGCUGCGUCUCGUACAAUAGGAGGUGCAGGAUGCCAUUGUGGCGGCGAGGGUGUUAACAAUCCCAUGUUUAUCGGGGAGGCAGUGACGAAUUGGGAGACACGAGCGCGAUCGCGGAAAUGAGGAAGGAAGGUAGUGAACGUGUCAUUUUGAAGAUUGAGAUGAGAAUAGGACAGCAAUACGUCCAAUGGCUCAAAUGGUGGUGUGUGGAAGAUCAACAGUGCGAUGCGUAAAAGGACCGGAAGGGGGUAUCCUGAAUACAGCCUGCUAAGUUGUGAACGUUUGAUAGGUAAGAAUACACUUCUACCUGUGAUUCCGACAUGCUUCACAAUGCCUUCCUCCUUCAUCUUUCUAAGUUCUGCGAUUGCGUCAAGGAUGAUUUGAUCACCGGGUCCCCAAACUUUUGCCUCCUGACCCUCUAGUAGACCGUAUUCUGACUUCUCAGAGCUGAGAGCGAGCAUAUGAUUACCUGACGAACGCG